AUGAGGUCUUGGAAAAAGUACUGACUAAUUCAUGAAGAUAUUACACUAAGAAGCUAUCAGAAAAGCAAAAAAAAAAAAUUGAAUAACCCUGAAAUUGAUAUAUUGAAUGAAAAGCUCUCACAGCUGAUCAUUGAAGAAGCAAAAGAAGAUGAGAAAGAAUCAAAAGCUCCUGAAAUAAUAAAUUCAAAGAAAAUCAAAGAAAUAGAUAUGAUUGAAUUAGAAGCAUACAUUGGGGUGAUAAUUAUGAUGGGAAUUGAUAGGAAACCAAAUUAUCAUAUGCAUUGGAAUACUCAUGGAUUAUGAGAGAGUAGUCUUAUAUCAAAGGCCUUAGGACUCAAAAGAUUUAUAAAUAUUGGAAGCAUUUUUCAUCUUUCUGAUCCUUUCUACUCAUCAAACUCACAAGAUAAACUAGAAAAAUUGAAUCCACUAAUGAGUCAAAUCGAAGCAAAAUCUCAACAAUAUUAUCUUCUAGAGCAAAGCAAAUCAAUUGACGAAUCUAUGAUUGCUUUCAAAGGAAGAAAUUCCAUGAAGCAAUAUCUUCCAAUGAAACCAACUAAGUGAGGAUUCAACAAUUUUGUCUUAGCAGGUUCAAGCAACGGUUAUAUUUAUAGAUUCAUUAUCUACCUAGGAAAAAAAUGAAUCUUCUGAAUUCUCUCCUGAAAACGUUUGCUUGAGGCUUUUGCAAGGACUAGAAAAUCAAAAUUUUCAUCUUUAUAUUGAUAA